CUUUUUUCAGCAGCUAUAAAUGAAUUAAGAUAAUUUUUAUGUUGACUGCAUAAAACAUUGUGCUAUUAUAUUUUUAAAUUUUAUAAAGUUUAACCUGCAUUGUGCUUUGCAACAGGCGAGGGGAAGGAAGUAUGUACAGGUUCAUCUUCUCUUGGGGGGCUUGAAGGAUGCAUAUGGACUUCCUGUGAUUCAUUUUUAUUGAUAUCUUUGACUUCAAUUUCCUAAAUAAAUUCAAUAUGUAAUUAUCAGAACAAUACAUCAAUGAUAAAAAGAAUGUAUUUAAAAUUAUAACAUCAUUUAUCCAAGAAAAAAAUUAUAUACAUUUAAAAAGUUGCUGCUCCUUUCUUCAAAUUUUCUCCCAAUCUCAGUGACAAGGGUAACUGAAAAUUCAGUUUUAGUCAAGAUAUGAAGAUCUCUCAGCUACAGGAAAGAACAGAAUGUUAAAAUGAAAGCACAAUCAACAGAUUUUAGAAAUUCCAGAACAUGAUACAAACAGAAACAAAUUUAAACUGCACAUUGACCAAGUGGAUCAAGAUUUUCCAGUAUAUUUGAUACAUUAUAAUGUGCAUCAAAAUAAAAACUAAUUAAUAUGCACUUGUGUAUUCAAAUACAGAUGAGGAAAACCUUUAUUGGGACCCAAAACUGUGUGGAAGACACAACAUAUGAAAUCCCGCUUCAAACAGAAAUUUUCAAAUGGCGCCAACAUCUGAGAAAUUCUAACUACCUUAACCCUUCUACAGAAUGUCGGCACACCUCUCUGAAUGGGAUUGAGCUAGACGAAGAACUCCUUAAUUUUGCAGCACACUGUAAAGCAAAUCGCGCAUCAUAUCAUAAAAAAAUUGCGCAAGGACAAAUGCCAGGAAAAGGACACAAACUUAUCCCAAUUUUCAUAUUUCCAAAGGACCGAUCUGAAUUUCACAAGAUUGAGAGGAAGACGGUUAGAGAAAUUUCAGAUAUGGUCCUCAGUGCCAUAUCUGAAAUUAGAAAACUGGGAUCAAUUGAUACCGCUUCCAUUCUGCUGCAAACGUGGCAUCGGGAAAAACUGAGCACCGCUAAAAAGGACGUCAUACUUUCCUUCUACAAAGAAUGUGUUGUAGCUCUAGAGGAGGCCACUUUUGUUUUUGAGGGAGACGAGGUCGAUUCCGAAGAAUCUGCGGCAGAAGAUUAAAGUCAAAUUGUUAAGAGU